GCUUCAGGAGAAGAAAAGACAAAAGAUUAUAUUGCUGAGAAGCUAGUGGCUGUAGUAGAAGAAAUUGGGCCAAAAAAUGUGGUCCAAAUCAUCACAGAUAAUGCUGCGAACUGCAAAGGUGCGGGCCUUAUUAUUCAGCAAAAGUAUGACAAUAUUUUCUGGACUCCUUGUGUUGUUCACACUCUCAAUCUUGCACUGAAAAACAUUUGCGCUGCAAAACUGCCAAGAACUGAAGAAGACAUAGUGUAUGAUGAGUUGCAUUGGAUAACUUUAGUAGCUGGGGAUGCUAGUAUGAUCAAGAAUUAUAUAAUGAACCAUGGCAUGAGGCUUUCUAUGUUCAAUGAGUUUAGCAAGCUGAAGUUACUUGCUGUUGCAGAAACAUGAUUUGCCUCAGUUGUUAUGUUAAAGCGAUUCUUAAUGAUCAAGAGGGCUCUCCAGAGCAUGGUGAUCAGUGACGCAUGGGAGACCAACAGAGAAGACAAUUCAGGGCUGGCACGGCAUGUGAGAGAGAAAAUUCUUUGUGAGCGGUGGUGGGAGAAUGUAGCUUACAUUGUUGAUUUCACUGAUCCCAUUUAUGAAAUGCUACGUGUGGCUGACACGGACAAGCCUUGUCUUCAUCUUAUCUAUGAGAUGUGGGACACAAUGAUAGAGAACGUAAAGAAAGUGAUAUAUACAAAAGAAAAGAAGCAAGAUGAUGAGCAGUCCACCUUCUUCUCAAUUGUUUUGGACAUAUUGGUUGACCGCUGGACAAAAAGCAACACUCCACUUCAUUGUCUUGCACAUUCUCUUAAUCCAAGGUACUAUCAUGAGAAGUGGAUCAAUGAGUGUGCUGGACGUAACCCCCCACACAAGGAUCUUGAGAUUUCACAAAUGAGAAUGAAGUGUUUCAGGAAAUUCUUCCCUAUUACUCAAGAGCUCAAUCAAGUGAAAGAUGAGUAUUCAAGAUUUGCUACUUGCUCUGAAGAACUCAAUGACUUUGACUCCAUUUAUGAUCGAUGGAUACUUGAUCCAGUAAAAUGGUGGGCAAAUCAUGGACAGCCUAUUCCCAUGUUACAAAAAUUAGCUCUUAAAUUACUCAACUAGCCAGCCUUGUCUUCCUGUUGUGAAAGGAAUUGAAGCACAUAUAGCUUCAUCCACAACAUGAAAAGGAACAAGUUAACUCCUGAACGUGCUGAAGAUUUAGUCUUUAUACACAACAAUUUAAGGCUGUUGUCAAGGAAGGCAGAAGAGUACAAGUCAGGGCCGGCAAAGGUGUGUGAUGUUGGAGGAGAUGGCUUUGAAUCUCUAUCUGGUAUUGGCAUUCUAGAAGUUGCUGAUCUGUCGCUUGAUGAACCCCUAAUGGAGAGUGUCUUUUGAAGAUGGGGGCGAGAGCGUGAGCGAUGAUAUGGAGAACCCUGUGAUGAAAGAAGACUAGGACUCUUGCUGCUCUCUUGCCUUACUUUCCUAUCUUUUCAUCAAUUAGUGGCUUGAUGUCUUUCUUUCCAGUUUCCAAUAUGAUGUAUCUGGCCAUCUUUGAACUCUAUUAAGCUAGUUAUUCUCUAAUUGUGGCCUACUGGUGC